AUGGGGGCGGGCGUGGUGAUCGUGCUCUCGCUAUUGCUUGCUCCUGAGCUCCUGCCGCGCGCUUCGGCCGUUGAUCGCAGCGAGUUCCCUGAGAACUUCUUGUUCGGGACCUCCACCUCUGCUUACCAGAUUGAAGGAGGAUAUUUGGAGGCGGGUAAAGGCCUAAGCAAUUGGGAUGUCUUCGCCCAUAAGCGAGGUACAAUUCAGGAUGGGAGCAAUGGUGAUACAGCUGAUGAUCACUAUCAUCGUUAUAUGGAAGACAUAAACCUGAUGCAUUCCCUGGGUGUCAACGCAUACCGAUUCUCAAUAGCGUGGGCAAGGAUUCUACCAAGAGGCCGAUUUGGGGAAGUUAAUCCAGAUGGUGUAGCAUUCUACAAUGCCAUUAUCGAUGCUCUUCUACAGAAAGGUAUGCAGCCAUUUGUAACAAUAUAUCACUAUGACAUUCCACAUGAAUUGGACAAGAGAUAUGGUGGAUGGUUGAGCCCAGAAAUUCAGAAGGACUUUGGUUACUUUGCAGAUGUAUGCUUCAAGAUGUUUGGUGACCGAGUAAAGUUCUGGACAACUUUUAAUGAGCCAAAUUUGUUCACAAAGUUAAGCUAUAUGUAUGGGCGAUAUGCUCCUGGUCGCUGCUCUAAACCAUUUGGUAAUUGUGCUUUUGGCAAUUCUUCAGCAGAGCCAUAUAUAGCAGGUCACAACAUCAUACUGUCUCAUGCAAAAGCAGCUCGCAUUUACAGAAAGAAGUAUCAGGGGAAACAAGGUGGUCAUAUUGGAAUUACUGUUUGCUCAAGAUGGUAUGAACCAUUCCAGAAUUCUUCUGCAGACAUCUCAGCAGUUGAGCGGGACUGCAUUUUCUCACAAUGUGAAUUGGAUCCCUUUGAGGGGGAGGCCCGAGUUCUUACUUCAGCAGAAAGAGAUGGAGUACUUAUCGGUAAAAGGACCGGGUCGCCAAUGAUUUAUACUGUUCCAUAUGGGAUGGAAAAACUGGUCAUGUAUUACAAAGAAAGAUACAAUAACACACCAAUAUACAUCACAGAAAAUGUGUAG